GUAUAGCUGUAAAACACUACGCUUGAGCACAAAGUGUGCGGCGCCAGCACGCUUGUCUUGCUUGCACACGUCCAGAGUAUAGUUGUCCAUACUAGUUGUUACAUCAACCCAAAAGCUUUAUUACAGCUUGUUACUGAACUCCAAGCAAGGUCCUGCCCAAGCAAGCGCUGCUGCAAACCCUCGCCCUUUGGCAGGAGCAAACACAGACAGCCAACUAACCUUUCUAGCCGAUUCCUGGGAAAGCCCAAUCAAUGCCGCGUUUAAGAGGUGCGGCAGUAGCAGCGCCGCUGCUGCUGCUGAUUGGGGCGCUGUCGGCUCUGCAGCUGGGCGCGGCGAUUGAGGCCAACGCGCAGCCCCCUGUGGUUGUGUACUCGGACCCGGACCCCAACAACAGCAAUGACGUCACGCGGAAGGCGGCCCUGGUCGCUAGUGUGCUGGGUGUGGGCUCCGCGCUGGGCGCCCAGGUGGUGAGCGGCCGGCCCGUGCCGCUGUCGCUGGACGCGCGCACGCACGUGAUGAUGACCAACACACUUAACGACAUGUCGGACCUGAACCGGCGCGCGCUGGUGAACCUGGUGGACCGGUCGGGCUCGCUGCUGGUGCUGGCGGCCAACCAGAUCGGCGGCCAGGACUACAACGCCCUGUUGGCGCCCUUCCUGGGCGGAGCCAGCCCCGGAUGCGGCUGGGAGUCCCAGUCCCGCGCCGCCAACCAGGUGUUUGACUUGCCCGGCAUGCCGCUGUCGCUGUUCGCGGCCAGCCGCGGAGCCAACAUCCUGGCUUUCCGCUGCACUGCCGGCGCGCCCUGGUACGCCACCAGUGACGGCGCCGCGCCCGUCAUGAUGUUCUACACACCCAACGGCGGCUGGGUCAAGCUGCUGGGCUUCGACUGGGGAACGCCUUCGCGUGUGGCGGACUGGGAGACCAUCCUGCUGUACGUGCCGCCCGGCCCGCCCUCGGCGCCGUUUCCCCCACCUCCUCCGCCUGGCGUGCCCCCGCCGCCCUCACCGCCUCCGCGGCCGCCCUCCCCCUCGCCGCCGUCGCCGCCGUCGCCGCCGCAGAUGCCGCCCAUGCCGCCCAGCCCGCCUCCUGACCCAUCCCCGGACGCCCGUGCCAUCCUUCUGACGGACGAGGCGCUGCCCUUCGACACGCUGCGGAAGACGCAGCUGCUGCUGACGGUGCUGCAGCUGGUGGGGCAGGGCAACGUGCUGGACCGGCCCAACCCCGGCAUUGCGCCCGUGCACGUGUCGUACGACAACACGCUCGUGAAGCUGUCGAACGGCUCCAAGGCGUUCCUGAACGAGAAGCUGAGCCUGGGCAAGACAAUGCUGAGCAUUGUGGUGACUGAGGAGGACUCGGCACCCGACCUGUCAGCCCUGGUGUCUAGCAUCAUGGGUUUCGCGGUGAACUGCAGCAAGCGCGUCAUGGUGCGCGGCUCGCUCACUGCCGUGCCCGAGUCCAACUUCACGGGCGUGCUGGGCAUUCCGCGCUACCCCGCAGCCAUGUCGCUUGUGGCCAACACGGUGGCGCUCACCUGCAACUCCGGCCGCCGGGUGGUGCUGGUGGACGGCAGCGACACCGAGGCGGUCCUCUGGGAGCUGUCGGUGGGCCGCGGCGUCGUGCGCCUGAUCGGCUACGACUUCACCAACGGCGGCUAUGACGGCACCGCGCCGGCCAACCGGGAGCUGCCGCUAGCUCAGCGCCUGUCCGCCACCUCGUCCAUCGCCGCCGUGCUCACCACCCGCAUGCUGCCGGGCGACACCUCCAGCCCCGGAGCCGUGCGCUCGCCGCCGCCUGCGAAGAGGCCCCCGCUUCCGCCCCCCACCGGCCGGCCGCCCCCCGCGCCCUUUGGCGGCAAGACGCCCGACGUGGUGCUGCUGUCUGACCCCGAGGUGCAGCCCGACAGCGCCAACAAGGAGAAGCUGCGGGACGGUAUCAACGCGCUGGGCAGCACGCCGCUGGUGUGGCCGAACGCUGUGGACGGUGCCCCCGUGCACGUCGCCUUCGACACUACGCUGGCUGCGCUCUCCAAUGACACGCUUGCUGGUCUGACCAGCCUGAUUUCAGCCAAGCGCACCGUCCUCUCCAUCGUGUUCACCUCGGGCCUCACCGACGCGGCACGCAACACGCUGCUGCAGUCCCUGACCGGCUAUUCCGACCUGUCCUGCAUGACAGGCGCUGUGGCAGCUAAGCUGCGCGUGAACCGCGUCGUCAGCGCCAUCGCCGAGCUCCGGUCCUCGGGCUGGCGUGCGCAACAAGUCACCCGAUAUAUCAAGUGUAAUAUCGGUACCACCGUGUUUGCAGCCAACGUGGUCGGCAGCAAGCAAGCCGUCAUUCAGGAGCUGACGACCAUGAGCGGCGGCACCGUUCGCCUGAUUGGGUACAACUUCGCGUCCGGUGGCCGUGGUUCCGACCGCAAGCCUCUGACCAGCAUUGCGGUCUUUGCCAAGCCGCUGGUGCCGGCCGCUGCCGGCCGCUAAGGAAGCGGCGCGACCCGACGCAGCAGAGGAGGACAGGGAAAUACUAAGUAUGACUAAACUGGAAUAUAUAUGAUGUGAGCCUAGAACUGCAGACUCUCGUUGGGUGGUACUGUGCGUUGUUUUACAGGGGGCCAUGUGGUGAUUGCGGACAGCAGGAUGCUUGCUGACGGCAAGAAGUGGUGUGUACAAGGGCCCUAGCCGCCCGGCAGGAAUAGCGGCAGGCGAAGAGCCGCGGCAUACGGGUGCUGGGAAGACGCACGGGAAGACGUCCCCGCACGCAGGGGAUGGGCAUGUGGCCUCGCCCCGUGCCGCUGCGGCGUGUGAAGUUUUGACGGGCAAACACAGAAGGGCGGCUGGUGCCAAUGGAUACAGGUGAUGGCUGAACUAGAUGCCCGCACGUACUGACGACGGGUGCGGCGAGAUGGGAGGCUCCCAGCAGCAUUCAUCACGGACUCGUGCUUAAUCAUGACGACAUUGUAAUGUGCCAACGGU